GCGGCGGCGGUCCAGGAAGCCCUGUCGCCUUCCCCGCCCGGGGCCAGGCGGAGCCAGCCGCGGAGGAGGAAAGGAGGAGGAGCGGGUGAGAGGUCGACCAGCUCCGGUCGCCCAUAGAGACGGAGGAGUCCCGAGUGGCGAAGAGGGCGGAGGCGUGUGGGGGCGCCGAGGAGGGACCCGCGGACGAUUUGCCAAAGACCAAGUACGCUAUUUGGUGGAGAAAGGAUUUGAAGCUAGAUUACCUGAUUUUUGGUGCUUUAAAAGCCCAAGUGUUCCUGUUUUUUAAAAGUGCUUGGAAAAGUUCACCGAGAAUGUCUAGCAAAACAUCUGGCACCCCAAACAACAUAGCUCAGGCAAGAAGAACUGUUCAGCAGUUGAGAAUAGAAGCAUCUAUAGAAAGGAUAAAGGUGUCGAAGGCAUCAGCAGAUCUAAUGUGCUAUUGUGAGGAACAUGCCAGGAAGGAUCCUUUACUAAUGGGCAUACCUGCUUCAGAAAAUCCCUUCAAGGAUAAAAAAACCUGCACUAUUCUAUAGGCAAAGCAGCAAAAUGCCUUCAAAACCUUCCCCUGCAAAACCAACCUAGCCAAUUCUUAGAGAAGUAACCUGAAGGUCACCUGGUAGCCAUUGCAUAAAACAGCAACUUAUUUUCACCUUGUGUAUGAAUGAACUUUUAAGUUUCCUUGAAUGUUUGUUUGUCCCAUUUUAAAUGCCAGGCACACGGUUCUAAAAGUUACUUCUUGCAAAAAUGGAAGGGUUCUACAAAUGUCGUUUGGCAUGGAUUCUGUUGGCUUUGCUGGGCUGAACUGGGCUGGGCUGGGCUGGGCUGGGCUGGGCUGGGCUUGAUUUUGAAAUGUAGUGAGUAUUCACAGAUCCAAGGAUUGAACUAUCAAGACCAAAGUUGCCUGAGCUUCAUUUACAGUGUAGUGAGGUAGACAAGCCUAGAGUGCUAAUCAAGCUUUUUUUUGCAUUUGAUUUGAUACCAGUGUGUACCUUGUUUAUGUAAAUGGAGUCUAUAUCUAGGGUGUAUGCAUAUGUUCGUUUAGAUGUAUAGACACAUUCCAAAGUGCAUUCUUUUAAGUGCGUUCUUCAGAAUUCAUUGCUGCAUUUAUUGAUAGGUUUCUGCACUUCAUGCUUUCACUAUUUAGUAUAUCUUAAGCUUUCAACAAUGUCUUAAAAAACACUUGUACAUACUAUAAAUUCUGGUUCUCAACAUAGUUUUGAAAAGUGACGUUGAUCGCCUUUAAUCUAUCUUUUAUUUCCACUGAAAUGUAGACUACACUAAAUUCAGAUUGAUUGUGAUAAUGGUGUCUAAAAACUUCGCCUCCGUUUCUUUUUGUCUUUAAGAGGAAUUCUGUCCUUUGCCUUUCCUACACAGUUUCCAGUAAACUGGUUUUUGGAAGCUUUCAGGCUUUUCAGUUUAAUCCCCAUAUUUACGUUUCAUAAAUGUCAAACAAUCACUAAGUAGGAAGAGAGACUCUGAGUGAAACCUAUGGUGCUACUGCUUCUGCACAAGACCUAUUAAAAUCAAUGGUUGUGCUAAAUAAAUGCUUGAAGGAUUAUAGCAAUUCUCGGUGGCAGCAGCUAAUCCCUUGUAUAUGUUAACAUUAUUAAAGAAUUUGGGUACCGUCAUACGGUAAUGAGAUACUGAAUAGAAAGGAGCAACACUGAUACAUUUUAAGCCAGGGGUAUGUAUCUGUAUACUAUUUGUUUGGCCUUUUAAUUUUUAUUGUAUUAUUGUGAUCUGCCAUAGCUCUGUAUUUCGAAGGUGGGUUAAUUGUAGCUUUUUUUGUUGUUCCUCAAGAGGGGAAAAGAAUUGCCCCAUAUGUAGAGGCCCUCAGAUGCAUGGUUAGAUUUCCUUCCUAGAAACUUUAGUACAGAAUGCAAAGCCAACCAUUAGUGCUCACCCAGAAGCUUUCAUUUUCAACCAGCCAAGGGACACCCCCACCAAGAUUUCUUCCUGUUAAGAAGUCCUAGACUUCCAUAGUGUUUGUAUCUGCUUGGUGACAGCUUAACACAUACUUUCACCGUAACUCUAUUGAGAAGCUAGCUGCAGAGCUGGUAAGCCAAAGUCCCCACCCAGUUUACUGGUGCUCUUCACUGCAUUAUAAUUAAGCUCUUGUGGAGAACUGUAUUAGUGCUGCAUACUGCUAUGUUGAUAUCGUAUUUCUUCUUCAUGGUCCCAAAAGAUAAAUUUAAAACAUUUUAAAAACUAAAAUAGCUUCCUAAAGAUAGUACGGAACUGAUAACAAAAUCACAAUUUUGCAUUGAUUUUGCUUAUUUUAUGUCAGUCUGGCCAUCACAAAAUCAACGUACAAUUCAUUAAAUUAGAUUACCUGGAAUUUGGUGCCCUCUCAUUGGCUAUCAUAAUUUAAAACAGUGUCUUUUCUGAGAUCAGGUCUUAAGUCCGUGUCCCCAAAUUAACACAGGUGACCUAUCUUUUGGUUUGUUUUAAAAUAUUGGACAGCGGUUGAAUUGUCAGCUAUAUAAAUCUGCUUUAUAAAGAAUGAUCCUUGCAACUAUUCAUCCAUGGCAAUAACAACAUGGGCUAACUUGCAUUUCUGCUAAAUAUAGUGAAGUAGUUAGGCUUGUGUUAUGAUCUUAACAUAGGAAGUAAAAUCCAGAGGAAAAGGUCAACCCUAUGUUUGACUUUGCUACAUGGAAGUGGUUAAUUCGCUCCAGUACAUGGUCCUCUGGUGAGAUAAGAAUGUACAGAUCAUGUAUGAUGGCCAUAAAGUAUUGAAGCUCUCAAGUGUCAGAGUUGAUACUCAUUGCAAUAAGCCUAUAAAUGAGGAGAGACUGCACUGGCAGGCCUGUCAACUCUAAGAGAGUCGGUACAAUUAUUUGUAAUGAAUAAAUUGGUAUUGCCAUUAGUAAAUGGGCACCUGAAUGUUAUAUUACUUGUAAAAGCUGAACUUGAUGCUGGACAUUUUCUCAUCCAUCACCAACCCAACCUGUUUCCUACAAAUCUUAUCCCAAAUAUCAGUAUUUUUUAAAAACAAUUAGAAUGUUACUCUUUUUAGACCUAUUCUACUCAUCAGAUGAAUGCAAUUUUUAAAAAUUUCAUAUAAAAUUAAUAUGCUAAUUAAAUGACUGUGAUAACUGUCACCAGCAAAUGCUGCUCUGUAUGCUUUAAUGUAGAAUAAAUUUGGACAUAUUUAGUUACUCUCACUAGUGAGAAAUUUAAACUGAUUAUGAUUGUUCCCUGCCUCUCAUUUAGGCUCUACUUCAUGUAAGAUUAGAAGGCCCAUAUCCUUAACUUUCAAAAUCAGAUUAUUUAUGAUAGAUGAACUUCUGUAACUUACUUAAAUACCCUCAAUGAUUGAGUAUCUAAUAAAUGAAGUUUGACUUGUUACACUGUUUAGUCAAAACUCAGAUUAGAACAUGUUGAUCAGGCAUUUGAAAAAGCAUCCAGCUUAAUAGGCCUCUUGCCUGAUAGGAAAGAACACAAACUAGCUAGAGAAGGCUUUACCUAAAGAAAGAAGGAAAUCUUUGGAUCUUGCCUUGCAAUGGAUGAGUGCCAUUAUUUUUUUCCCUAAUUUCUUCAAUCCAUCUCUCAGUUCAUAUUUUUCCCAAAUUAAGCCUGGAGUUAUGACACAUUGAUAUUGGGCUUGUUUUCUGGACUUCUUAUUCUUUUUGCGUUGCUAAUCAUGCUAUUUUAGUCUAUUUCAAGUUGGGCUCAGCUCCUGAUGACUUCACAGACCCAUCCAUCUAGCUUUGGGGCAGCAAUAUAGAAGUGGUUUGCCAUUGCCUUCUUCCAGAAUGUGAUCUUUUGUUGUUAAAAUCUUACAGUACUUGUGUAUUCGCUGUGUUGUAAUGUUAUAAUAAGUACCAGGCCAAAAUAGGUUGGAUCCAAAUAUGCCCUUCCAUGUUUGGGAUAACCUAUAUUAUAUCCCCAAAAGCAAUGUGUUAGCCUUACCCUAAUA